UUGACUGCGAUAGAAGAGUUUGAUGAGAACAAACAUGAUUUGCAUUUAGUAUCUUCUUAGAAUUGAAAUGCUGUGUUUACGUCGGUUUCUGGUCGUGGAUGCCUUUCAGGUUUAUAAGCUUGGUGGAAUACGCAAAAGAUUUCAAUCUGUGAUCCACCAAGGUGUCAAACAAGAUGUUACUGUAUAUAUUCAUUGGCCAUUUUGCAAGAAAAUCUGUACUUUUUGUAACUUCAAUAAAUAUGUAAGAGAUAAUGUUAAUCACGAGAGGAUGACAGACUGUCUUGUUAAAGAGUUGAGAACUAUCCUAUUAUUGAUUGGGGCUUCUAGAGUCAAGUCUGUCUACUUUGGUGGAGGUACUUUCAGGCAAUUCAAAGCAUCUGGCAUCAACCGCUUAUCUCUUGGGAUUCAAUCUAUGCUUUCUAAAGAUCUUGUCAUCUUGGGGAGAGACCACACAGUUGAUGAAUCAAUUAGAUCWUUGCAAGAGGCCAAGAGUUUAUUUCMAGGAAAAGUUUCUGUUGAUUUAUUGUUUGGAAAACCUCAUCAAACAGUGGAUGCCUGGGAAAAAGARCUCACAAAGGUAUUGUCUGUUUGUGAUAAGCAUUUAUCAUUAUAUCAGUUAACAGUGGAAAGGGGAACUCCAUUGUACAAGAGCAUUAAAGAUGACUACAUUGUGUUACCAAGUGAUGAUGUGAUGGCAGAUUUGUAUCGAUUAGCAGUAGAGAUUUUGGAGAGUGAAGGCUAUGAAAGAUAUGAAGUAUCAAGCUUUGCAGAACCAGGAUCAGAAUGUAAGCAUAAUCUUUCUUACUGGACUGGCUCAUCAUACAUUGGUGUUGGACCUGGUGCACAUAGCAGAUACUAUUUACAACUGGAAGACAAGAAGAAAACCCGCUUUGCAUGUGUACAAACACCAGAACCAAAUUCUUGGAUGGCUGAGGUUGAAAAGUUUGGCCAUGCAACACGGUAUGCUAGUAAACAAUCAACAAUUGAAAUAUUGGAAGAGUUACUGACAUGUGGCCUACGGACUAAAGGUGGCCUCACAAAUAAGAGAUGGCAAAACUUUGCACCAGUAGAAAUGGGCGACCUAUCACAAACAUUCUCUUUGUGUCCAGCUGUUGAAGAUUUCAUUGAAGCAGAUUUGCUGAUUGUUGAUAACUUAGGGAUAAAAGCAACAAGUAAUGGCUUGAAUGUGAUAGACAGCAUAGUAGCAGCACUUGCAUUACAUCUAGAAAAGUACUUCAAGUCCUGAUGCAAGCUUUGACCUAACAAGAACAAAGAAGCCAUAACCCUUUGUGCAAACAUCACGUAAUCCUGGAAGGCGAAGAAGGAUUUUAGCAAAUCUUUGUGGCUGUUGUGGGUACUUGGUAGUGAUGUGAUGCUCUAAUCCAGACAGAAAUGAUGUCCGUAAUGUUUCAACAUCCUUCUUGGACUCUAAACCUGGAUUCUCUACAAUGAAGUAAGUUAUUGCAAUUAUUAUGUCAUUGAAUUGGUCUUCAUUGUUAUCAGUAAUUUCUGGAGUGCAUAUCUUAUAUAUCCCUGACAUUAUGAAUCAAGGUUAAUAUCCAGCAAUUAACCAAAUAYGGUAUGUUGUAACAUUACACUGAACUCAGCUCUGAAAUCACUACUAAUAACUGAGUAUUGAAUUUGCUGAAACAUUGAUAAAUACUGACCCCUGUUGGACCCCAGCUCUUCAACUCACAAAUAUCUAUCUUAAACCCCUAUAUAUGUUAUUAGUAAUAUGAACUGACCAAAAAAGACUCCUUAUUACAGUAAGUUGUAGGUGAGGUUUGUUAUUGUAACUUUACUGGCCUUUACUGUGAAUUGAAUUGAAAAAGCAUUGUUUAAGGUGUUUCGAUCGUAAUAAAUAGCGUUUCGC